AUGAGUUUCACAGAGGCGUUUCUGCAGGAGAAAAUCAACGAAGAGGCCUACAAAACGUUCAAUAACGCGCUAGACUUCACAGUGGCGGAAAUUAUGAAGAUGAUGGAUAAUGACGACAGUGGCGAGAUUACGACAGAUGAAGUCGCAGAUUUUCUCAAUGAGCUGGUGAUGGCAAUGCGCGACAUCGCAAAGAGUGUAAACGGAAUGAAACGUGCAGCAAGAAGUGCGAAUGCUGUCGUAAGCUUCCUGUUGCUCUUUGUCGUCGCUAUCAUAUACGUCGCAUUCUUCGUCAAGAACUUAACAUCGUACCUGACGCCGAUUUGGACAACCGUCACCGGACUCUCUUUCGCACUGAGUGGCACCGUUACCGAGUUUAUAGCAGCAUGCCAAUUCGUUUUUUCCAAGCAGCCCUACGACGUCGGCGACCGCGUCAUCAUCGAAGAAAAGGAGCUCAUCGUCGAGAAGGUGUGCCUGCUCUACACCGUCUUCCAUCGCUUCUGCGCUGUGGAACAAAUCGCGCACAAGAAGAUUUGCGAUUCGUGGAUUACUAACCUAACGCGCUCCAAGGGCCUGUUUAUCAAGGAGGUCGCGUCCAUCGCGAACAAGACGGACAAGUUCACGUCGGCCCAGCUGGAGGCGCACGAAAAGGGCCUCGUGGCGUUCAUCAACAGGGAAACGGUUCGCAGGAGGUAUCUCGACGUUGGCGGUGUUAAGGUAUCAUUACACGCCGAGCAGCAGCAGCUGGUUGCCGAUAUCAAACUCAACGAAUUGAUGGUGAGACAUGAGAAAGUGCUCUCGCGGGUGAGAGGCCAGAUCAGAGAUUGGUUGGAAAGGUUGGUUCGCGAAGGAGGUGGGACUUCAUCUAGCUCGUAA